AUGUUUGUAGACAACAAUGACAAACCCAUCAAGUUCGACCCUGUUAGACACGAGAGACGAAUAAGACCAAGUCUGAAGAAAGCACGUAUUAGACUUCAAGACACAAAUAAUGAUCUUGGUAUUCCGUAUUCUAAUGGUAGAGGAAUCAACUUGUCACUUAAUGUGGCAGCUACAAUUGGCGAUUUACUUUUUAAGCUUGAUCCCAAUAAGCCAGUAGUAUCUUGCGUUCCAGAUGUAUACUUUACCAGGCUCGACCGACUCUCAGAUACUAGUGGGCGUGGAUUCCUGUUAAUGAGCACUGACGGCACCUCAUUGUUCACUCUGUGUGACAUCGACGUGAAACUGCAAUUCAAAGUUCUCUCAAAAUUGUCUAGUGUCAAAGUUAGGCAUGCCAAAAUGCAAAAACCUCGGAUAGAGUCUCUCGUUCUUUUCCUCUGUUUCCUAUUGACAGAUAUAUUCUCAACAGCAAAGACACAAGACGUAUCCAUAUACGACACAAUAUAUGAAGAAUUAUACCCAAUACCAUGUGUUCGGCUAUUAAAUGCGGCGGGCAUGAUAGGGUGUCAAACCCGCCGUAAGAAGACAGGAAUUUUAUACUGGAUAGAUACUCAAGAAAGUUUCUCAGAAUUUAUCAGUAGUAAUCCCUCCGGAACAUAUGCAGUUAUCAUGCCCUAUCCUCUUGUGACAAAUGACAAUCUUAAUGAACUUGAAUCGUCAGGGAAAUUAGGAGGUGUAAUUGCAAUUGUCAGCGGCAAUGUGGCGGAUGUAAAUUUAUCACCAGAUAAACUUUCCCUUGAUUCGGUGUGCCCCAAUUGUGAGUUUGGUUUAUAUCGCAAUGACCCGCAAAGGUAUCAGUGGAACCCUAUUGGAAACGGUCUUAUUUAUAAUAGCUACGACUUUCCUAUAUUUGCUUUGGAUCCUCAUGAUCUUGCUACAAACAAUACGUUUAAUGAAAUAAUGGCGAGCGCCCAGAAUAACUCACUAGCGGGAUAUGUAAAUUUCCCAUUAAAAGCAGUUGAAUUCUCUUCUUUCAUGUAUGCCGCUAUAGAUGCAUCGACUUGCCUUCGACGAGAAUGGUGUCUUCCGGUGGGUGGUUUGUCUGUAUAUGCAACACCUUCGUUUAAUAUGUCACAUGAAGAUGGUAAGCCUAUAGUCGUAGUAUCAACAUCACUUGACAGUCGAGGGCUUUUUCAGGAUAUAGUAUUGGGUGUUGACAAUGGAGUGUCUGGAACGGUGGCAUUGCUAGCAGUGGCCGAUGCACUAAGCAACUCACCGGUACCGCUAACAGAAUUUCCUAAACAUAUAAUGUUUACUGCAUUCACGGCUGAAUCGUGGGGCUUUGCUGGAUCUCAAAGAUUCGUCCAUGAUAUCAGCACGCCGUUUGACUGUCAGAACUCCUCCAAAGCGGCCAAAGUAUGUCCUUACACGAAUGCCGGAUGUACGGCUCCUUGUGUGCGUGAUCUGGAUUUUACUCGAAUUAAUUUUGGCAAUGUCGACUCUAUAUUUGAGAUUAGCCAAGUGGCAACACUGGAUCAGUCAUAUUAUGCUCAUGUGGAUAAUGCGAGCGAUUCGGUGACUUUAGCGAUUGUGGAAAGGCUAUCUGCAAUAUCUGCAGCAGCAAAAGGAACCUCUUUUAUAAAGCCUGCUUAUGCAGACGGACCCAAUAAGGGUUUGCCGCCAUCGAGUUCGAUGGCUUUUCUAGAAAAGAAUCGGAAAAUUCCUGCUAUCGUGUUAGGUGAUUACAAGGACAACUUGAAUAGUUUUUACAACAGUGAAUAUGAUGUCAAAUACACUGCAGAUUCUAUAGCGUCAAUAUGUGCAUUGGCCAAUGUUACUGCACAGGCUGUCUGGCUUCAGGCUCAAAAUAAAUUGGCAAACGAGUCGACUGCCCCCGUAACAGCCAAUUGCAUGUUGGUUACUAAAUUAAUGGAAUGUCUCACGACGAAUUAUUCAUGUCCGUUAACGAAUCAGUUUUUUAAUGCAUCCGAUUUAGGACGGGUUAGCCAUUAUUCAUCUGUAUUUCAGUAUGGAACGCCGAAUUUACUACCAUUAUUUGCAUACAAUUUCCUCGCAAAUGCAACGGCAGCGACACGAAGAGGAGCAUGUGAUACGAUAACGGAUUGCGGUGAUGCAGAAUUAUGCAUCCAACACCAAUGUGUUAAGACAUUCACUAGAUAUCAUGACGCGUAUGGAAUGGGAUUAGAAAUGGAUGGUCAUGGCAAAUUCUUUGUUGCUGAUCCUGAUAAGCCAACUUGGGUUGAGAGCGUGUAUGUAUAUGAUUUAUUUGAAGGUUUAUAA